CGAAGGAUACACAAUCAGCAUUGAGCAAGGGAUUAAAAGAUAGCUAGCGUACGUUAACGUUGGUCGAGUAGAGUGAUCCGACUUUUUCAAGUACGUACUUUCAAGCAUUUCUUGCAACCAAAAUUUGUAGGAAAAAGAACUUGAUCAGGAAGGUAAAAGAUGGGCAGCCCUGCACCUGCAGUCAAUGCUUUCAGUAAACAAGAAGAAGUUGAAUAUAAAGAGCUGAUCAUUGACUUUACACCGGAACUGGAGCCUCCUUGGCCUGAGUGCUGUAUAUACAGGGUUCCCAAGAGACUUCGCGAGGUCCAACCAAUGGCCUACACCCCUCGGCUGGUUUCUAUAGGUCCUUUUCAUCACCGCAGGGAAGAGUUGAAGGAUAUGGAGAGACAAAAAUUCAUAUAUUUGAGGGAUUUCUGUAAUCGUACUGGGAAGAGCAUCGAGGAUCUUGCACGCAUCAUCCGGCCCCUAGAAAUGAAAAUCCGCUGCUACUAUUCAGAGACCUUUCUACACAUGAGCAGUGAAGGGUUUGCAAACAUGAUUGUACUAGAUGCUAUCUUUAUCCUUGAGCUCUUCUGGAGGAAAUCUCAAAAAUCAAUGGCUCAAAAAGAUUAUAUGUUAUGUCGACCGUGCAUGGAACGCGGCAUACAACAUGACCUGCUUCUACUUGAGAAUCAGAUUCCUUUCUUUGUUCUUGAGGAGUUAUGCUUUAAUGUUGAGCUGAAUGUAGGCCACCAAAAUGGGGAACCCAAUACCAAAAAACCGACUCUUCUUGAGCUCUCUUGUGGGUUUUUUGGUGAUCUCUAUUAUGAUUUUAAACCAAAGUCCAAAAAAUGUUUUAAUGAUUCGGUGAGAUAUUUUCGCCCUCCACAAAACCCAAGCCCAAAUUCAUCAGAUCCCAAGAACGAUAAAGUAAAUCAUAUCAGAGAUUUGGUGAACCGUUUUUCACUGGACCGAAGCUCACCAAAUUUCAUUGAAGUAAAGCAUUUCACAGAUUUGGUGAGAUAUUUUUUCUGUCCACCAACAAAAGAGGGGCAAAAUUCCAAGAAGUGGGGUCAUGUAAAGCAGUGUUUCCCAGAUUGGGUGGGAUGUUGUUGCCAUCCAAAACCAAGCUCACCAGAGCGCGAACCCGAACCCAAGCAUUGCACAGAUUUGGUGAAAAGAACUAAAUCCCUAUAUACUGCAACAAAGCUUGACGAGGCAGGGUUGAAAAUCACUAGGCCAGAUUCAGAAAGACAUUUACUUCAAAUACAAUUUCGGGAGAAGAAUUGCGAAUGCUUAAUCAAACGCUGCCCGGUGCUCAAUCUCUCAUGGCUCUUGUCAUGCUUACCAUGCCUGAAACGCACUUGCUUGGUGCAUAUGCAACGUUUCUUGGAAGUCCCACCCCUUCGGGUAGACGACAAAACUGAAGGUCUUUUCCGAAACCUGAUGGCCUUGGAGCAGUGCCAUUAUCCAUUGAAAACUUACAUUUGCGAUUACAUUGUGCUGUUGGAUGAUCUUAUCACAACUAAAGCAGAUGUAAGGUUGCUUGUUGAAAAGAAGAUCAUUGUUAACGAGUUAGGUUCCAGCGCUGCAGUGACGAAACUGUUUAACAACCUCGGCCUGGAGAUUGAAUUAGAAACUGGAAAGUACUAUUACGAAGAGCUCUGUAAAGAGCUUAAUGAUUACUCCGAUAGCAUUUGGAAUCGUCUGGUGGGAACCUUGACUAGUGUGUAUUUCAAAAACUUUUUUAAAGGCACUGCUACUGUUCUUGGAAUUAUUGUACUGGGUUUGACUUUGUGGAAUUUCGAGAGGCUAUUUAGUAAGGUCUAGGUUUAAAGCAUAUGUGGUAGUGUUUGUUGGAGUCCUGGGUAAUUUAUAUGCAGUACUAAUGUAUCGCAUCCAGCUAAAUAAUUCGUAGGAUUUUCUAAACAUUUUUAUUU